AAUGGGUCUGGGUGGGUUACUCUUUGGAGGGUUGGUGUGGACUUGUUAGGCCGAAGGGUCGGUUUCUGCACUGUACGGAUUCUGUGAGCUGGCAACAAGGAGAUGUCAAGACAGAACACCACACUGUGUAACCAUCCAAGCAGUUGAUGCCAUUUUGUGUACAAAGAAGCAUUCUUGUUUGGAAUAAUUCAACAACAGCAAGUAGCUAAUAAAAGUUGAUUGGGAAAAGGUUAUACUUAGGUCCAAAUUGGAUCAAACAAGCCUUCAAUGUUCAAACAUUGUUAAUCUAUGAAAAGCCAUCUCAGUCCUACAAUUGAGCCCCAUCAGUAAUCUUUAAGCCCUCAAAAUGUUUUUUUCAGUGAAAAGGAUCAAACUAUAGACCAACUAUGCCUCGGUGGAGUCUAAAGGUGAGCAUACAAAAGGAGCUUGUGCUGAUCAAAGCAAAACAACAAUUGAUGCAGUCUCCACCAAACCACUGAUCCUAAAAGCCCAGCUAUUAGCAGUCACAUAAUGUAAUUAAGCUGUGGAGACUGAAAAAGAAGCUUACAGACGAUUUCCCAAAAAAAAACCUGUGUAGGGUCAGCCAAUAUUCUUGUAAAGUUGACAUAGCAAAAACGCACAUUGAUGGAGGAAAAUGUAUCUUUGUCAAAUAAAUAUUCAUUAUUGUGAACUACCAGCUGAGGACGAAUAUCUGCUACAAGUAAUGGGUGACAUUCUUAUGUUUGCAAAAGACAUUCCUGAGAGAAGGAGCAAAAAUCUUUGUUUUAGUUUCAUUCUUGUUCAAGAUGAGAUCGUUGGCAAAAUGAGGAUGAGAUUUUGACAUGGGCUGUAGACUAAUUAGCCAUCCUAUCAGCAGACCACAGUGCUGUUUAAGAACUUUGUAGAGAUCCUGGUCCAGCAGUCUAUUGGCAAAAAUGAGGACUGCAGAUACUCGAGAUUAGAGUCGAGAGUGUGGUGCUGGAAAACACAGCAGGUCAGGCAGCAUCUGAGGAGCAGGAGAAUCGAUGUUUCAGGCAAAAGCCCUUCAACAGGAAUGUUUAUUUACAAGUGUACAGCUGAUCUGUAGAAAUCCAAUGAAUGUGUAAGAACAAACAGUAUGAAAGAUGUAAGUUUUAUCAAAAGCACUGAGUUGAUUUGAAUCUAUGAAUGUACUAUUUCAACUCAAUCUGUCUGAAAUUGAACAUGAACAAUAGAAGAAACUAUAGAUUUGGGAAGCUGAAGGGGGAUACAGCUCUCAGACAGUUAAAAUGUUGGCAGAAUUGGGCUUACAUGCAUUAGCAAAUAUCACGAGGCUAAAUCUUGGCAGCAACACGAAAGAUAAAUAGAUAAAAUUCCUUCCUGAAAUUUGUAUUCACCAAUCUGAGAGAGCAGAUGAAGUUACAAACCAAUCAGUGCUGCAAAAUGAAUUACGUAUUAAAUAUCUAGCUCCCUCACGCAUCAUCUCUGGCUUUUGGCUAUGUUUCGUGGGUGACUUUCAUCUUUCUGCUUGCAGCUCUCUAGACUAUCCUAGAGUGUACCAGGCAACCUCUGAGCGCAUUAAAAUAUCCUAGUCUUAUUUUGAAUUUAUUGGCAAUCUAUGAACAGAAAUGAGGCUUCGCUUGUGGUUGCUGGCAAUGAGUGCUGCUUUCUUGCAAGGCUGCUGUUCUACUCCCUUCUCCUAUUUUGGUUCUUCUUUUGGUUUGGAAACAUCUUUGGUUGGUGACACAAUACAGGUGCAUGUGUAUUACACAGGAAUCAGCCUUCCAUGCUCCCAGAGCCUAGAUGGAAUUUGUGUUGCUUUAAACUGCUCUAAGUCAAGAACCCAAAUAGUGGGAGACAGCAACCACACUGCAACCUGGUGUUUGCUAGAUGGAGAGACUAUAUUCCACAACAACAACACAAGCCUUUUUUAUCUAAGACCAUCUGGUUGUUGUUGGUCACCAUUAGUGGGAUCUCAAAGGAAAGCAGAAAACCUUCAGUUUACAUUUUCCUUAUUGGUGGAUUUGAGAAAUCGCUCAGAUAAUGUAACACUCAACGCAUCCCCUCAACCACCUCUACUACCCAUCUUAAGGGUGCCUCAGAAUUGCACUGCCAAGUAUAACCUUACCAUAUAUGAGAAGGAUGGUGAUAUUCUGAGAUGUCGUUAUGGACAAAGGACAAGACAUGAAUGUGCCCACUGUACCCAGCUGCCAUUCUUCAUGUUAGACCAGGAAAGCUGUGUCCUUCAUUAUAAUGGUCGUGGGACAUAUGGGACAUACAGCUUAGAAUUGAUUAUUGAAGACUAUCCAAGAGAAGCCACUGUCCUGACACACAGUGAUGGCACACAAACCCUGCACACUGCUUUUGAAGAGGCUUCAACCACAUCAUUCAAUCAAACCACUAAAGUCUUUAGCUCCAUUCCGAUGCAAUUUGUGAUCAUUGUGGACAGGUCAAUAUCACAGUGUGCAUUGGGAAUAUUCCGUCCCAUGUUUGUUCAUCCAACGCCUCCAAAUGGAGCAAGAAUACCUGCUUCACUUUAUGGUGAAGUUACUUUUACAAUAAGUGCCAUCAGUCUAAAUGAAAGAAUCACAGGCUUUACAAUAGUGGGUCCCCAUGGAUUACACAAAUCAGAUAUUUGGAGUGUUAACGGUGACCGAUCUGUGUCGACAAAUAUUUCUUGGUCAGUGGGAGUUCAUGAUGGUCCAAAGCAAGUUGCAGUGUGCUUUCUCUCAGUAACUUCAACAGGGCUACAGUCAGAACCACAGUGCAUUUGGAUUGUCCUAAACAUGGGCUUACAUGAUGAACCAUCACUAGUUGGCCCAGAUCUCCAGUGCUCAACAAAUGCAAUGGUUCUGUCUGUCCCAAGACGUUUGGUGGCCAACUUGCCAGAGAGUAACCUGCAGCUCAAUGAUGCAUCUUGUAACAUCACUGGUAAUACCACUCAUGUCCUGGUGAAGAUCCCGCUUUCUGGAUGUGGUACUAAAUUACUGGAAGAUGAAUCCCACUAUAUCUUCACAAAUAAACUCAUCAGCCGGAGCAGAAAUACAAUUUUGGCAGACAGAGAGAAGGUGGCCAUCCCAGUGACAUGUAAAUUCCAGCGAUUAAAUAAUGGCAGUAAAGAAACCAACUUAUUGAAGACUGCUACAGAGAAGGUAUUUGGAGACUACAGCUUUGAAAUUCAGUUCAGUAAACAGUACAACUCCAGCAGGAGAUCAGCCAAGGCUCACACUCCAUUUGAUGCUACCAAAAAGGACCAUUUAUACAUAAGCAUCAUUGUCAAGAGCAAUGUGACUACCCUCUCACUCUAUGUGGAGUCUUGCCAGAUGUCAGAAUAUAACUCUUCAGCAGGAAUUACACUUUUACAUCAAGGCUGCUUAAAUAACAGCACGACAGAGGAACAUCAAACCGGAAAUAGUAAAGAAAAAGUGUACUCCAUAAAACUGUCCUCCUUACCACACCACACUUCACAGGUGUUUGUUACUUGCAACGUCCAGUUAUGCACCAAUGCAUAUAAUUCCACACCAUGUGCCUUGGGAUGUGGUUCUGACAAUAGUUCACAAAUGGAACAGUCGGGCAUGCAGCAAGUCAGUGCAGGACCCAUUUGCAUCCAAAAGGAGAGUGACUCUGGUCCUAAUUAUGCUGCUAUCACUGUUGGCCUAACAUUGGGAGGCACUGUGGUCUAUGUCGUUCUCAUCUUGUUGAAGAGAUCAUUCGUGGGACUACAUUACAGGAGUGUAACUAGACGUUCCAAUCGGACUAGAUCAUUUUGAUGAAAGAAACUGAACAGAGAAGCACUGGAAUGUACCUGUUUUGACAUCUGUUCAUUGGUACUCACCUCCUACAACUCCCUCUACUGGCAGUUAGAGGCCUCAUAACCUACACUGGGUGAUGUCAAAAUCACUUUUGCUCACUUUGGAUUUUGAAUGGAUUUGUGUUUUACUUUCAGGGUCUGAACUCAUUUUUAAAUUUUUGCAUGGGUCUAAAAGUAAAUCUUCACAACACUAA